GGGACGGGGCCGCGGGGUGAGGGGAGCGGCGGGAUCGGGGCGAGCCGUGCGCAGCGGGCCCGGCGGAUCGCUGAGGUAAAGCCUGCCGGCCUCGGCGCGAGGGCCGCGCCUCAGGGCUCGGGGCGGGACGUCGGGGCCUCGCGGCCGGGAGGAGCCGGGCACCGCGCCGUCGGCUCCGGGAAGCGCGCUCCGCGGGGGCUCGCCGGGCGGAUCCGGGAGCUGCGGUACAGCCGUGCGGGCGCGGCGGCUGCGUGACGGCUGCGGGCGGGCGGUGUGCCGUGUGCCGUGUGCCGCUCCCGCACGGCGCCGUCGUUCUUCCUGCGGGAGGAGCGACGUAGGAUCGCGUCUGCUUUGGCUUCGUGCUUGCGGUCAGCGCUGUUUCUUCAGGUUGACGUCUGAAAGAUAACGACCGAGGGGCAUUUUUACUCUUCCAACGAGCCCCGCUUUAGUCAUGAAAGAAAAAGAAAAAAACCCAAAGCCCUGCAACGAUCGGACUUCCUUCUGUAAUCGGUAUUAAUUACCGUUAGCCAGUGACGCAGGCAGACCCUCCUUCCCUCCCUCCCUCCGCAGCCGGGCCGUGCGGCGGCAGCCAUGUCGUGCUAUGGGAGCGGGGCGGGGGCUGAGCGCUGCCCUGUUGUGCUCAGUUCUGUCCAGGUAUGAAAACCAGAUCACUAUUCUGUCGGAAUACUUAGAAGAAUUUCCCGACACCGACGAGCCGGUGUGGAUUCUGGGAAGGCGGCACCAGCUGAAUGAAGACAAAUCUAAGUUAUUGUUGGAUGUCAGUGCUCGUCUCUGGUUUACAUACAGAAGAAAGUUUUCUCCUAUUGGAGGCACUGGUCCUUCGUCUGACGCUGGCUGGGGAUGUAUGCUGAGAUGUGGGCAGAUGAUGCUGGCACAGGCACUGAUCUGCAGGCAUUUAGGAAGAGAUUGGCAAUGGGAAAAACACAAAGAACAACCAGAAGAAUAUCACAGAAUCCUCCGAUGCUUUCUAGACAGGAAGGAUUGCUGUUAUUCCAUCCACCAGAUGGCACAGAUGGGUGUUGGAGAGGGGAAAUCGAUUGGAGAGUGGUUUGGACCAAAUACAGUUGCUCAAGUAUUAAAGAAGCUCGCUUUAUUUGAUGAAUGGAAUUCAUUGGCUGUUUAUGUAUCUAUGGACAACACAGUGGUCAUUGAAGACAUCAAGAAGAUGUGCUGGUCCCCUCCCCAGAGCAGCGGCACAGCCCACAGCAGUGCACAUUUGCACAGAAGUGCUCUUGGCCGAAACAGGAACACAGCAGGACUCUGCACAGGCUGGAAGCCCCUCUUGCUUAUUAUACCUCUACGACUAGGGAUAAAUCACAUAAAUCCAGUAUAUAUUGAUGCAUUUAAAGAAUGCUUUAAGAUGCCACAGUCUUUGGGAGCAUUAGGAGGGAAACCAAAUAAUGCCUAUUAUUUCAUAGGAUUUUUAGGCAAUGAGCUGAUCUAUUUGGACCCUCACACCACCCAAAGCUUUGUAGAUUCAGAAGAGAAUGGCACAGUUGAUGACCAGAGCUUCCACUGCCAGCAAGCUCCCCACAGAAUGAAGAUCAUGAAUUUGGACCCUUCAGUAGCUUUAGGCUUCUUUUGCAAAGAAGAAUGUGAUUUUGAUAACUGGUGCAGUCUCGUACAAAAGGAGAUUCUAAAGCAACAGAGCCUACGGAUGUUUGAGCUCGUCCAGAAGCACCCGCCCCACUGGCCUCCAUUCAUACCUCCAACAAAGCCAGAAGUGACAACUACAGGAGCAGAACUCAUUGAAUCUACUGACAAGCUGUUUGAAUUGGAAGAAGAAUUUGAAAUCCUGAGUGUAUGAAGGAAACUGUGGUGACUCUUCUGAGUACUGAACACAUUGCUAAUAUCAUUGCAUUGACUUACAGCCAUGUUAGCCCCAAAGUGCCUGAAAUUAUGGAAAAAACAGAGCACAGAAUCCGAGUAGCAUCCAAAACUCCAACGACAGUUUAACAAGAGCUUCCCCAGAUGGAAAGGCAAUAAAAGCUCUUGUGGUAAGAUGCUUAACAGGAAUCUCUUUUCAAUAUCUUACCUGAAGAGAAACAGGCCUUUGAGAUUAAGGCAAAAAUAAGCGUAUUUCUGGGCUCUAUGUUUGGAGAAAGGGAUAACCCAAAUGGAUAUUUCUUGCUCUCAUAAUAAUGCAAUAGUUUAGUUCUUAAAGCAAAACAGUCUUCAAUUAAGGAGGAUGUUUACUUCUGUUCCCUCCUGUGGGCUGCAUCAUAGGAAAAAAUACGUUGUCUUGUUUAAAAGAUCGACUGGAUCAUGAGAAAAUUGUUUCCUUGUUAAAUAUUUUAACAUGUAUCUGAGCAACCACACUUUAUUACAAAAAUGUUUCUGUAAAAGGAACUGUGUCUAAUGUAUACAUUUUGCAAUAGCCUUCCUGCUUCUGGGAGACCUCGAGAGGAACGGGAGACUCAAAUAGUUGAUACAGAUCACAACCACUGUUACAGUUAUGGUAUAUUUCACCUUGACCUUAACAUCAAAAUCAUUAAAACUUAGGUUAUUUCAGAGCUAAAAAGAGUCAAAGGUGGUUUAACUGUACCUUAUUUAUUUUAAAGUAGAUUUACACAAACUUCUGUUAUAGCACUUUAUCUGUGCAUCUAAUAAAUUUCUUAAGCUUUUCAUAGGUUGUAUGCUGCUAUAUUUUGUUAAUUUGUUUGUGUGAAAUAAAUGCAAACCAGGUUAUGUUAAGACUUAAUAUAUACACAUAGACAGAUUACAUCAUUGUUACUUGAGUUAUUGCCUUUUGAGAUCUGUUGUGGUCUAAGUGCCUUAAUGUUACAGGUUGAUCAGAGCAGCCUGAGUGGUUGUAUUUCUAUAAGGCAGAGUAUCUCUCUAGCAGCCCUAAGAAAAACACUUAAUUUAAGGCAGAGAUCUUUUACUCCAUGGUAAAGGUCUACCAGGCAGUCCCCAGGGUGGUCAUUCUGUCAUGACAGUGCGAUAAACGUGAACUGCAGAGUUUCAUCUUCACCAAUAAAAACACAUGGAGAAAUACUGAA